UAGUCUUACCGGUACUUUUCAGAUAGAAAGUCGGACUGAUCAACGGACGGUCAUUAUUCGCUCGGGCGACGUUUUGACGCUGAGGAUAAUUUCCCUUUGCCGUCCGCGCGCUUCCGGCCCGAAAGGGUUUAGUUUCCCCGCGUGUCUCGCCGCGCUUCUCUUCUUCCUCAACUUCCCAUCGUCAUCAUCCACCUUGAUCCAACUACUACGCCCAUUAUGCCUCUUUUUCCCAUGGGUACGGGCGUCGCUCCUGAGGCAGACUCUUCCCAGAUGGAGUCAGACCCCGUGAAAAGAACCCAGUCACCAUCUGCGGCGACGAAAAUCAAAAACCGGCGCAAGCGCUAUCUGGACAUGCACCCGGAGUAUUUCUCUGCUGAUCUCGAGCUAGCCGACCCGUUGCUGUAUGAUCGCUUAAUCCGUCGAUUCCAGACUCCAGCCGAGAGGGAGGCCGAAGGACGUGCCAAAGGCUUCUCAGGUGUGCUGCAAGCGGACCUAUGUAGAUCCGAGGCCAAGUUCGAGGCUCUUUCCCAUCCUGAUCCUCACGCCAUGUUCAGCUAUACUCGUGGACCCAACGGAGAGAUUCUCGCGGAAGAUCGAGACGAAAUUCCCCCGAAUAAGGAAGAAGGGGAGAAGGCGUGGCGAUGGGAGAUGACCUUGCGGUUCCUAAGGGGUGAAGACGGCGAUUUCGAUUAUACCUCGGUUGAUGACAAUGACGAGUACGACGAUUGGAACGUCGAGCAGGAAAAGUAUUUUGACGAUGAAGAACCAGAGUGGCUUGUUGAAGGAGUAGAUGAUGGAGAAGUCAAGUCCCAUCUACAAGGCGAAACUGGUAUUCAGGAUUUCUGAUGGUCAAAUCAGGACUCCGAUAUCGCUCAUCCGGGUGUUGUGACUUGCCUCGGAAUUCUGGUGGCUAUCUACGCUCAGCGUUCUCCCUCAAGUUAUGCGCUUACCUGCAGGUCCUCGGUUGUUCAACUGCUUUGCGGUUGUGGCUUCGGAGCGGAAGUUUCUGCUGCACUUGUUUGCAGUGUAUUCCCGCUGAAUGGGCAAGCUCAUGU